GCCCCUGAUUAUAGCGCAGGCACAGCGCGGAGCGGCGUGCUCCUGUAUGCCAUCACGAUGGAAGGUCUAGCUUAGUAAGGCGUGGGUGCCGGUCGUCCUGGAGACGGGCGGCGUGUUUACCGGGCGCGGCGGCACGAGCAACCUGCCCGCAAGAACCUCGCCCCGGCCACCUUCUGCUACAAUGUUUCGCAGCAUCCCAUAGUUGCCAGUCCGCGCUUAUUGUCCGUUACAGAAGGGACGAGUCCCGGGGCCUGCCUUCCCUACCGCACGCAUCCACAACAGCUGCUGCGCUGCACGCUGCAUCCACCAUGACGAUGGCGGCGCUUGCGGAACAUCGCCGCAACAAGUCGUCUUCGAUGCUCAAAUCUAUUGUUCUGCCCGGCCACAAGCGGGCGCCCUCGGACGGCACUGCCCUGAAGAAAGAGCCCCUCGCCGUCCAGCCGUACGCUGCGCAGGGCCUCAUCCACGGCGCACCGCUGCUGCCACCCGACCAUCCGCACAGCCAACAGAGAGCGGCCAAUCGCAGCCAGCACAUGCCUGUCGACCCGCCUGUAUCGCCUCGCAAGUCCCAGGACACCCGUGAGGGCCGGCCCAAGGGUCUACACAAGAAGACGCUCAGCUCAGUCUCGCUACGAACGCUGGGCAGAGACAAGGAGAGCAAGUCGAGGGAGCCGAGCCGGACACGACAGGAGGAUAUGUCUAAGAGUCAUAAGAAAUCCAAGUCGAGGACCAACCUGCGCAGUCUGUUCGGCAAGGACAAGCAUGUUGACACUGCCAAGGAGACGCGCGACAAGGAAAACACGACCCCGCCGGGCACGUCAGCGGCACUUGAGCCCUUGCACACUCCCAUCUGGGCUGAGUUCAGCUCACAGCCGAUGCAAGACGUCGCAAAAACAACAACCAAGGUACCACUGAACGACCAGCGGCGCAGUGUUGAGGAGGAGAUCGCGCUGUAUACCCCGAGCAACUACUCGCCGUCCAAGGGCCGCAACUUUUUCGACAAUGGCCAACCCUCGCUCCAGAAGAAGCCGCAAGGCAAAGAACGCCCUAGGUCCUUCAUGGGCACUGGCUCCACUGCCUCGUUGCUCGAAACCUUGACUCGUAAGAAGAGCGAUGAUCGGGUUCCACUUGGAGACACAAAGGGCAAUGGAGGACGAGUAAAGGAGAGCCCGUCAAAGAGCGUCGCUCCGCGCCCCCCAAUGAAACGGGCUACUACCGACACCAGCGGGGGCAGCCGGGAGACCAUCACGCAGGAGACCGCCAGUCCUAAGAAAACAACAAACGCUGAAAAGAGACAGAGCCGUGUGAUGGCUGCUGUAGCCGCUCUAAAUGGCAAGUCAAAGCAGGCCGACAAGCAAGGCACUCCGGCGACGUCGCCUACCAAGCUUGAUCCGAAGGUGGUCGAUGCCGAAUUUGAGGAAGUCCUAGAGUCUCGUCAAAUCCCCACCCAUCAGCGUGCCGCGAUGCGAACGUUGAAGCUUGAGGUCAAAGCCGACUUUGUCCGAACACACAAGCUAGACACACCUCAAGUAUCUCGUACAGCCUCAGCAAACUCUACAACCGCAGGAACACAGUCUGGCAAAACGUCCCUAUCGCGGUCAACCAAGUCGCGACCUGGGUCUGCAGACGAAGAACCGCCCCAAGACACCUCAGGUGGCACCUCGAAGCGAGAACGUCCCAGGAGCAGGACCUUCGGUUUUGGCAGAGGAGACUCUCCUACCAAGAAACAGAAGGGUGAGAAAGAUCCCAAGUCUGUGCCUAUUCCGAAAUCACCUUCCGUGAGAUCACUGGUAUCCGUGUCGUCUCAACGAUCAGUAUCCAAAGGCUCCAAGACUGUAGCGCCAGAGGAGUUUAUCAACUACCUGAAGAAGACACCAAAGCCCCAGGAUGUUGAAGUGGGAAAGCUUCAUAAGCUUCGCCUGCUGCUGCGAAAUGAGACAGUCGAAUGGGUCCACCAGUUCAUCGUUGAAGGUGGCAUGACUGAGCUCGUUGGUUUACUGCAUCGCAUAAUGGAAGUUGAGUGGAGGGAGGAUCACGAGGACACUCUGCUGCAUGAGUUGUUGCGCUGUCUCAAAGGUCUGUGCACGGCGGACACAGCCUUGAAACAGUUCGCCGGGAUAUCAUCGACUCUGUUCCCGGCUCUCCUGGGCAUGCUAUUCGACGAGGAGCACAAGGGUCCGAGCGAGUUCACUACGAGGGAACUUAUCAUUCAGAUCAUCUUUGCUCAUAUCUCUAUGGCGUCUGAGUCCGAGCUGCAUUCUCGCGCGACAGAGCUCAUGGACUACCUAAAAGAUCCGGUCAAGGAGAAACAGGCAUCUACUGUCCCGUUUGUCCUGCAGAUGCGCCAACCUCGUCCCUACCAGGUGUGGUGCAAGGAGGUCACGAACGUCACAAAGGAGGUUUUCUGGAUCUUCAUUCACCACCUGAAUGUCGUUCCUAUCCCGCCUCUAUCCGACGAGCCUCCCAAAACAUACGCGAAGACUCAUUUUCCUGGUCAGCGCGCUAUCGUGCCAGCUGCACCCUACGUUGGUGGUGUAGAAUGGGAUGCAACUAACUACCUUGCGACACAUCUCGACCUCCUCAACGGCAUUCUCGCCAGUAUACCCACCCGCGAGGCCCGCAAUAUCUUCCGCUCUGAGCUGAAAGUUUCCGGCUUCGAGAAGGUCAUGGGCCAUUUGCGGACUUGCAAUCCGAAAUACUAUGGCGCUGUGCAUGACGCUAUCAAGGUGUGGAUUGGUGCAGCGUUGGAAGACAACUGGCCAGUCCGAGAUGUCAGGAUGGGUCCGCCUGACGGAAAGCCUGGCGUUGGGAGCCCGGUGAAGCAGAGCCCGAAAAAGAAGGCAGAGAAGGCACCGCAGAUCCAAGUACCUAAGGUCGAGAUUGGAGGCGGCCUGGGGCUCGGCUUUGAGAAAGAUAUUGCUAUCGGUGGGAACCACAAAAUUGAUGAUGAUUGGAUCUGAUCGUCUAAUGCAAGGUGGACUUCCUCUGGCACGAUGUAUCGAUACUGAAUACGUCUUGGCUUCUACGAUCUCCACCGCCGGAUUUGAACAGCCUCCAAGAGAAUACUUUGGA